GGGGCAGUAUGAGUUGGGAGGAGAGCAGAACAAGAUUUUGGCUGUAUUUUCAAAGCUCCUUCACCCAUGUGCACGUGCCCCGAAUCUGGGACCCCGUUCCCCCAACCGGGUUUCCUAUGCCCAGCCCAGGAGUUCGCCACCCUGAACCCCCCACCUUGCAGCAACGCGGGAUUGAAUGCAGAGGGAAGGGAGGGAGGUGGGGGUGCGCCUCUGGAUGGGAGGUUGAGGGAGAUGACGUAGGGACUGGCGACGUGGGGAGGGGGAAGCCGCGGGGGAAGCCGUGGCGAGAUUAAGUAAUGAGAACUUGGGCCCAGUGUUUUCCAAGGCUGGAAGGGCAGAAUAUGUUCGUAUCCUUUCUGACCUCCCAGGAAAAUUAAGGCGUGAGGAGUCGCUUAGAGAAUUGGAGAACUUUAUUUUGUGCUCUAGCCCUCAUGCCGGGAUGGCCGAAGAUGAGCCCGAUGCUAAGAGCCCGAAGACUGGGGGAAGGGCCCCCUCAGGUAGUGCUGAGGCGGGAGAACCCACCACCCUUCUUCAGAGGCUCCGAGGUACCAUUUCCAAGGCCGUGCAGAACAAAGUCGAGGGAAUCCUGCAAGAUGUACAGAAAUUCUCAGACAACGACAAGCUGUAUCUCUACCUUCAGCUUCCCUCAGGGCCCAGUACUGGAGACAAAAGCUCAGAGCCAAGUACACUCAGCAAUGAGGAGUACAUGUAUGCCUAUAGGUGGAUCCGUAACCACCUAGAAGAGCAUACUGACACCUGUUUGCCAAAGCAAAGUGUUUAUGAUGCCUAUCGGAAGUACUGUGAGAGCCUCGCCUGUUGCCGCCCACUCAGCACAGCCAACUUUGGCAAAAUCAUCAGAGAGAUCUUCCCUGACAUCAAGGCCCGAAGGCUUGGUGGCCGGGGCCAGUCCAAAUAUUGCUACAGUGGCAUACGAAGGAAGACCUUGGUAUCUAUGCCCCCCUUGCCUGGACUUGACCUGAAGGGCUCUGACAGUCCGGAAAUGGGCCCAGAAGUAACCCCAGCACCUCGGGAUGAGCUGGUGGAGGCAGCCUGUGCUCUGACCUGUGACUGGGCAGAACGAAUCCUGAAACGGUCCUUCAGUUCCAUCGUUGAGGUCGCCCGCUUCCUGCUGCAGCAGCAUCUCAUCUCUGCCCGAUCUGCACAUGCCCACGUGCUCAAGGCGAUGGGGCUCGCUGAAGACGAUGAACAUGCCCCUCGGGAGCGGUCAUCUAAAUCCAAGAAUGGUGUAGAGAGCCUAGAAGGUGGAGCCCAUAAGAAACCAGAGAGACCAGCCCAGCCUCCUAAGGAGCUGGAAGCCCGGGCUGGAGGUGGCCCCCCUGCACGUGGCGAGCGGAAGAAGAGUGUAGUGGAGAGCCCAGCCCCAGCAGCCAAUAACCCACAGGUUAAUGCCCUGGUGGCCCGGCUGCCUCUGCUCCUUCCCCGGGCCCCUCGCUCACUUAUUCCGCCAAUCCGAGUCUCUCCACCCAUCCUGGCCCCCAAGCUUUCUUCAGGCCUGAAAGUGGCUACACUGCCUCUGCCCAGUAGGGCUGGGGGACCCCAGGCAGCUAUGCCCAUCAUUAACAUGAUCUUACCAACUGUUCCUGCUUUGUCUGGACCCGGACCCGGACCCGGGCCUGGGCAAGCCCUGCCUGGGGCGCUCACUCAGCCGCAGGGCACAGAGAACAGGGAAGUAGGCAUAGGUGGUGACCCGGGACCCCAUGACAAGGGUGUCAAGAGGACAGCAGAAGUACCUGUGAGUGAGGCCAUUGGGCAGGAUCCACCUGCUAAAGCAGCAAAGCAGGAUAUAGAGGAUACAGGAAGUGAUGCCAAAAGAAAACGGGGGCGCCCUCGAAAAAAAUCAGGUGGAAGUAAGGAAAGGACCUCUCCCCCUGACAAGUCAGCACCUGCCAUGGACUCUGCCCAGUCCCCAAGGUUACCACGGGAGACGUGGGCCUCUGGAGGGGAAAGCAACUCAGCUGGAGGGUCAGGGAAGCCAGGACCAGUGGGAGAGGCUGAGAAGGGGAUGGUGCUUGCCCAGGGUCAGGAAGAUGGUGCUGUUUCCAGAGGAGGAAGGGGCCCCAGUUCCCGGCAUGCCAAAGAAGCAGAAGAUAAAAUUCCUCUGGUCACCUCAAAAGUGAGUGUCAUCAAGGGCAGUAGAAGCCAAAAGGAAGCUCUUCAUUUGGUAAAGGGAGAGGUAGACACCGCAGCGCAGGGUAAUAAAGACUUAAAGGGGCAUGUGCUUCAAAAUUCCUUAUUCCACGAGGGGAAAGACCCCAAAGCAACACCCCCAUGAUAGGUAAUGUGGGGAGGAGUGUUUAUAUCCACAUUAACUCUACCUGCCUAGUAGAGGCCCCUCUGCACUUGCUUCUCAUUUGGCUCUUCUUUUCCUAAGGGAAUUCAUUUUCCUGUACAGACAGCUGAGGCACCCUGUGUCUUACACAGUGUCCGGCUCCUGCCUCUGACCUUUCCAGCUCAGUACCCUUGGCUUUAGCAUCACUGAUAAAUCUGUCAUGACUGUCUUACCUGGAUCUCUGUGCUAUCCUGCAGGAAGAUAGGGAUGGAGUAAGUAUGAUGAAUGUAUAGGCUAGGAAUCUUUUGGUUUUAAAUCGUAAAAAAAAAAAAAAAAACAACUAACUCAAACUGGCUUAAAAAUAAAGACUGACUGGCUCACAUAACCGGAAAGUCCAGAGGUAGUACUGGCUCCAGGAAAAGCUGAUGCGGUGGCUCAGUGUUUCUCUAAAUACCUGAUUGAUUUCCCCCUGCUGCUGCCUUCUGUAGGAUCAUCUUAAACCUGGGCCACCUAGUGGCUGCCAGCACUCCUGGGAUUACACCCAACCAGAAGGGGUGGGGGGCAUCUUUGUGCCAGGCAUCCUAGCAAAGCCUUAAGAUGGACUCUGAUUAGGCCAGCCUGCGUCACAUGCCGAUCCCUCACCAAUCACUGUGGCCAGAAGGAUGGUGUAUGCUAAUUCGCUCCUUCUACAUCAGGGAAAGAUUGGGAUCAGCUUCCUUAGAAUUACAUAGGUCUCCAAAUGGGAACUGACGCGGGCGGUUCCUGGGGAGGCAGCUGACACCUGGCCAAUACCGGGAUGUACAUGUGGUUUUAGUUUGCUAGGUUGGGAUCAGCUACACCUGUUUCCUUUUUCCCUCACCGUCUUGCAUUUUCCUUACUGCAGCUGUAGCCCCUUUCCUCUGGUAGGCGCAGAAGGAAUGAGAGGGAAGUCACUCUCCUUCAGGGACUCUCUCUUUAGUCUCAUUUAGAUGACAAUCCCUACAUUUCAGAGAUGGAGAUCCUUCCCUUUCCUGUUUCUGAAUGUUGGUUUUCUCCUCAUUCUGCUUCCCUAUCCCUUACCCUACUGCCACUUUCACCAAGUGGAGUGAAAGAUUUAGUUCCUAGUCAUUUUAUUAAAUCCAUUCUGUAUCCACCAGGUGUCAGUCUCUUGUCAUACGUGUGUCAGGAUUUCAGCCAGGAUCGUGGGGUUUAGGCUAGGUGUGUGGCAGGAGGUAGCUCUGCACAUCAGCAAGCACCAAUAAGAAGGGAACCCAGACGUUACCCUUCGAAAAGCAGUAAACCAACCAGUAUUUACUGAGGACAUACGUCGUUUUCUGCAUAAGGGUAGCUUCUGUCAGGCAAUCUUGGUUCUGCCCAGGAAACAUAUUUUCUUUCAGGGAGACUUCACUCAUUCGUUCCCACCACAGCAGAUUUUUAAAAAUUAUAAUAUGUAAUAUUUGGUAUCUAUAAAGAAUAUAUUUAACAUGAAUAAAUUAUGAAACAUAA